GUGGCUCAUCAUCAUUUGUGUAUUCGAUCUCCUCGAGUGUGUGUUAAGCUCGUCUCAAAAAUCAAAUAAUAAACAAAUUAUUUACUGGCCUUUAAAAGCGAGCAGCUAAUUCGAUUUUGCCACUGCAGUUAACACUAACUAAAUAAAAAUACCGUAAAAAUGAAAUUCAUCAUCUUAGCUUUCGCCAUAAUCGGUUGCGCCACCGCCCAAUUCGACUCGGCCACACAAGGACCCAACCCACAGGAUAUCGCCACACCCGAACCCGAGUACAUCGACAUCGAUGAACCACUGCCCGCCCCAGCCGCCGCCCCCAUUGUAGCCCAACCUCGUCCCAGCUUCAUUCCAGCUCCACGUCCCGUUGCACAACCCAUUCCAAUUGCGGCGCCCUCCUUCAUUCGCGCACCUACCCAAUCGUACCUGCCACCCGGCCACAGCCACGCACAAGGCGGUCAUGUCUUCAGCCCACAAAGCGGCUACCAAUACAGACAAGUGCGCAGACGUUUCGUCCAUCGUCGCCGUUAUUAGAGCGUUGCACAAAUUGUUAACCGUUAGAGUUGCAGCGAAAGCAGACAACAAAUAAUCACAACAACGAUACGUUAACGGAUGUACAUAUCUACGACUUUCAUUAAUUAUUUAAAAUAUUAUUAAUUUGUAAGUAAAAAAAAAGUGAAAAAUGUUGAAUUUUCCAAUUCGCAUUGGUUGAAAAUAUACAAAAAAAUGUUAAAAUUAUAAAAACCAAAUUUAAACAAAUCCGUCAUUAGCUGCAAGGCCAUAGAAUGUUCGUACAAACAACAAAUGAAAAUAAUAUAUAUUUUAUAUAUUUAUAUUAAGCAAAGAAAAGGCACAAACACAAAUACAUAAUACAUAUUAAUGUAAAUACAUACACCAAUACAUGCGUGUGUGUGUUAGUUCACUACGAUAGACUCAAUUGCUCAGGUACUACAGGUACAGGUACUGCACUACAUGCAGACAAACAAGGAAGGAAGGAGCUAGAAGAGAAAGCAAACAGUGGAGGCAGCUGAAUUAAAUAAUCAUUCAAUUUGGUUUUCAUGAAAGGAAAUUGCCUUUAAUUAAGGGAGCUCCAAUCGAGUACGCUGUGUCUAAAAUAAUUUUUAGCUUUUUAAUUUGUAUGUUUGUAUGUUUUUAUUUAGUGUCAUUGUUAUAUCAGGCCUAAAUAAAGUAUUUGUAGUACCUAUGUACAUAUAUAUGUUUAAAAUUACAAUAUUACAAAAA